AAGUAUUGAACAUAAACAAAUAAGACUCUUUCCAGAAUCACAAAACAACAAAAAAAUAGUUGUCAAUGACACCAUACCUGUCAGCCCCCUUUUAUAAGGUAUUUGUGCCAGCUCCAAACAAUAAAAAAUAUUUAUAAUGGUUUAAAGUAAACACAAUUGUCCAACUAGUUUUAUAGAAAACAAAACCUUUAUCUGCUAGACCACCUUUGAGCAGUAUUAAAUUCAACUUUAAGCUUUCCUUGUUCUUGUUUUGUUUACUUCUCCGUAUUGCUGCAGUCCUGUAACUGUGAUAUUUUGGGCGAUUUCUACAGUUACCACCUUGAUCCCACAAACGCAUUCCGUGUCACUAUCUGUCACUCGUGUAGUAUGGAGGGCAAGUUCAGACUGAACUAUGGGUGUGACAAAAGAAAAUAGGCGUUGCUUAUGUCAUUCAAGACAAGAGUAAAAUGAAAAUAGGGGACAGGAAAGGCAUGAUUUUUGACGGACACGCGAAGACUCCGUACACUUGACUUUACUGCUGGAGAGGAUCUAAUCGCCUGUAAAUACUCAAUGUGAAUACUGACUCCUCAAAACACGCUAAACGGCUCCGAGGCGUUCGGCUAUGAGAGCUGUGUAAGGAUCUGUCAUAACUAGACGAGCACAGGAUUUAUCAUAAGGCCUUUUGUAUUAUUUCUAUCUUUCCAUUCUUUACUCUUUUAAUUCUGCAGGAUGCUGCGAAGGUUUAAUUCAGAGGGUGCGCUGUUGGAUCUCGACUACUCACCUCGGCGACAAGGGGAUGAAGAUGGUACCCGGGACAUGUCAGAGGAUGAGAUGGAUUGCGCUCCAGCAUCCUAUCCUUGCACCCCAGAUGCGAACUCAGCGAGUGCUGGCAAAAAUACGAAAGGACUACUCGACAGAGUUCAAAGCACUAGUGUGGAAAACCUCAUCGGUUCGGAAAAGGACUUUGAUUUCUUAAAAGUCAAAAACUUAAAUGAUAGCUUCAAAGCUUACAGUGACAGCCAGCUUGCCCCAAACACCAAAGGCAGCUUUGAUAGAGUGGAAAAAUGUGGCAACCAUUCCCACUUGCUAACAUCCACGCUCAAGCCAUACGCCAGCCAUACGCCUGUCUCCCCGAGACCAUCCCAUUAUCACAGGCAACAAGCUCGGGCCAAGUUAGCAGCUGCGAAAUUACACAUUAAAAGUUUGUUUGGACAGGCUUCACCACAGUCCUCGCAUUCAAAUCUUACAAGUGCAGAGCACAGGGAAAACGUAAGCAGUGAGAAGGAGAGGCGCUCGCGAAUUCCUUUCCUGAGACAGUGGAGUCAGGUGGGCCAUAGUAGAGCUCGCCUCAGCAGGAAAGACAUGGAACAAUGGGCCAUAUCUCUUGAUCAUUUGAUGGACAGCAGAGUGGGAGUAACAGUGUUUGAAGCAUUCCUACGAUCCGAGUUCAGCGAUGAGAACCUGCAGUUCUACAUGGCCUGUGAGCAGUACAGAAAUUCGUCCAACAAAUUCAGUCUGCAGAGGCGAGCGAAAGCUAUUACUGAGACCUACAUUCAGCCGGGUGCUCCCAGAGAGGUCAAUCUUGACAGUAAGACGAGAGAACUGACUCUGGAGCUCUUAAAAGCGCCAUCACACACCUCUCUGUCCCACGGCCAGAAGCGCAUCUACUGCCUCUUGGAAAUGGACUGUUACCCCCGUUUCCUUCAGUCUGAGAUCUACAUCACACUACUGAAGGAUUCAUACUAGUGCAAAACUGGGCGUAGCCAAACCAACCAGGAAGAGGUCAUCCUAAAAACUCAAAAGAACUUGAGAUGAGAUACAUGGACAGUUGAAAAAGGAGACUGGAGAGUUAUUAAGUUAUGUAAACUACAGAAGAAUUGUUGUCGAAUGAAAAGGGAAAUUAAUACAUUUUGGAGGGACAAUGUGACUGGUGUACACUUGAAUGAAUGAUGUAAGGUCUUAAAGGGUCAUGUUGUGUAGAAAGAGUUGCUUACUGUUAAUGUUUUAUAUGAAAAGAGGUUAAUUCGGGGUGUUUCUUAGUUUGAUAAUCAGGGAAUAAAUGGCAUGUUGAUGACAACAAUGGAAAAACUUGUUCUGCAAGAAUGGGCUGUUCGCUGCGGGACAGAAGCACAGAUUGGGUAAACCACAGUCAAACCAUUCAUUGUCUCAAAUGUAUAGCUGUAACACUGAAAACAUAUUCCUAGAAUUAACUGUUAUCUAAAUACUUUUUGUACCUAAAAUGUAAUACAAACUGAACUUGUUAAAUGUAGAUCAUUUACAUCAGUAUCAGGUCACACAAGAUCUCCGAGAUCGUACUGUGACAUUAUAAACCCAUUCAAAAUAUACGACGUGUUGUUUGAAUAGACGAUAUGAACUCAAGUACUUUGAUCAAGGUUAAUCCUUCCCUGUUCUUACAAAUGCAGAUAGUUUUGGCAGAUCUUUACUGUCCAGCAUGUUUAACGUGUGUAAGGUUUGUGUUCUCAUUGGUAAAUGAUGAAUACAAAUCGCACAUUUAUUGUACAUGUGUAUGUCAACCAUAUGAAUCUAAGAGUGUUUAUUAUAAUAGAAUGAAAAUUAUGCAACGGUAGACACUGAAAUCGGUCAAGAAUUUGUCUCUGUGGUGUGUUUUUGUGUGGAAAAAAAGAAUUUAAAGAUGUCUCAUUUUGAAAGUAGUAUUAACUGUAAUACACUGUAACUAUGUC